AUGAUUAAAGCUAUACUAGUUUUUAACAAUCAUGGAAAACCACGAUUGUCAAAGUUUUAUCAAUAUUUCAAUGAAGAUAUGCAACAGCAAAUAAUCAAAGAAACUUUCCAGUUGGUAUCCAAAAGAGACGAUAAUGUCUGCAACUUUCUUGAAGGUGGAAGUCUAAUUGGUGGCUCCGAUUACAAGCUAAUCUACAGGCACUAUGCAACGCUCUACUUUGUCUUCUGUGUUGAUUCUUCUGAGAGUGAGCUGGGUAUACUAGAUCUAAUACAGGUGUUUGUAGAAACCCUUGAUAAGUGUUUUGAGAAUGUCUGCGAAUUGGAUCUGAUUUUCCAUGCGGAUGCUGCACACCAAGUGCUAGAUGAGCUUGUGAUGGGUGGGAUGGUACUGCAGACAAAUAUGGCAGAUAUACUCUGCCGACUGCAGGAGCAGAACAAAAUGCAGAAAACUGAGGCAGGCAUCUCAGCAGCUCCCGCUCGUGCUGUCUCUGCGGUGAAAAGCAUGAACUUGCCACAGCAGUUGCGUGACAUGAAGCUGCCCGACCUCCCACAAGCGAUUAAGGACCUGAAGUUCUGA